AUGUUGUCAAUUAACAGGUUACAUCAGGGAGAAGGGCAUUCGUGUGAUGGAAUGUACCUCUGGAAGAUAGAAAACAUUGCCAAAUGUCACCAGGAUGCUGUCAGUGGAGCAAGUACAGUGAUGUAUAGUCCAGGUUUUUACACCAGUCCAUAUGGGUACAAAUUGUGCUUGAGGAUUAACUUAAAUGGUUUGGAGAAUGGAGAUGGUACAUAUGUGGCUUUGUUUGUUCAUGUGAUGAGAGGUGAUUUUGAUGAGCACUUGGAAUGGCCAUUUUCAAAGGGUUUUAAGUUAUCUAUUAAGGAUCAGUCUGAUGUUGUGGAGUCCCGACCCCAUAUCACAAAAAAAGUGGUGGCUGAGUCUGAACUGAGUGCAUUUCAGAAACCUGUGGCUCCAUUCAAUACAAUUGGUUUUGGUUACCCAGACUUUGCACCAACUGAGAUUAUUAAUCAACCACAGUACACCAAGAAAAAUACUUUGUUGGUGAAGUUUAAGAUUACUGGUUAGCCUAGUCUGGUGCCUCUGUGACUAGCCUUGGAAAAUUAUGAACAUUUAAUUUUAUGAAGAAAGAUUCUGCAGGAACUGCAAUUCAUAUUGCUAUCAAAUAGUAGACUGUAUAAUUUUCUGUACAAAGUAAAAAUUUGAUCACUCAGAAUUUAAACACUGAGCUGGUUAUUGAUAGGUUUUACAAAAUGUUUUUGAAGUGGCAAGUCACUUUAAAUAAUAUUUGUAUGUGUGUACUGUUUUUCACUUAUUUAUAAAAUGUACAGGAAAUCACGCAGUAUCUUGUUGUACAUAGUGUGAAAAGUAUAUUGCAUGUAGAUAAAUGUUUUACAUAGAGUACCAGUAUUUGUAAAAUGUUAAGUGGUUACAACUGAAAAAAAGUAGUAUUUGAACAAGAAAUGUUGCAAAAAUUGUUUAA